CGAGCGCCAAUAGGAUAUCAACUCUUGUUCUUCRUUGAUGAUGAUGAGAGACUAUUUCAGCAUUGUCAAUUAGGAAUUAUUGCUGUGUUCUUAUUUGGUGAAUCUCGUGAUGCAUGUCUGCUGUUGGUUCGAGGUCAAGACUAUCUGGACUCGUAUGUAUGAUGCUGUUAGAUUGCUGGAGUUCGCUAAUGCUCAUCUUCCUUGCAAUUUGGUAUCGGAGCUGUGGUACGAUUGCGCUCAUCUGGCGCUUGUCUUCUGCCUUAUGCGGUACAUACAUGCGGUCUGCUGGGCGAGUUUGGCCGCACCUGUUCUACUAAACAAUGAGACCAUCGCCGAAGUGCUAGGGCAGUGCGAGGUGAAGCUCCUGAAGGCCUUUGAGGUCUUCGAGGGAGAUGAGGAGGUGCUGCGGAUGAUGGAUGAAGCAGAGGGAAUGCGGGCCACCGCCGGAGAGGCGUUGUAUGCCGUCGCCCGCAAAGAUGACCCAAGACACUCAUUUAACAUCAGGGUCGCUGCUCGAUCCAUGUCGAAAAUCAACUUCGACAUCGAUAUGGAGGAAACACUCGUCGACGACGACGAUGAUGACGAGAGAGAUGUUCCCGAUCGGCUCUUCCUCAAAGCCACGGCUCUACAGGCAUGUUUGCAUCCCCAUCCCGAAGACAAUUAACCCCAACUCACCCCCCCCCAAAAAAAAAAAAAAAAAAAAAAAAAAAAAAAAAAAAAAAAAAGAAUGAUCCCAUCCUCUGAACGAAUCCUUACAUACC